AUCCACACAAUCUUUUCCAGAGCCAGACAACAAACGAUCAUACACUUUUAGUUUCAUCAAAGACGAAGCUGCACUAGAAAUGGAGUUGGAUCUUGAUCUCUCUCUUUCACCUCAUACUAAUUCUUCAAAACUCGGGUUUGGCUUUGACCUCAACAAGCAUUGCGCGGCUGAGGGCGUUGUGUCGUGUUUGAAUACGAAACAAACGUGUUUUGAGUCGAUGUUUUGGUUGGAGAAUAUGGAAGAAGAUUGUUAUGUGCCAAAACCACGUUCGUUUUCUUUGAAUGGCCAGCCAGACGAGGAAGAAGAAGAUCAUUUGGAAUCAGACUCCUCUAUUGUUGACGAUGAGGAGGAAAAUAGCGAAGUCGUGGGGUGGCCACCAGUAAAGUCAUGUAUGACAAAGUAUCAUAACUAUCGUCACCAUAGUCGUAAUCACCCAUAUCACCAUCGUGGUAGCAGGACCAGCAUAGCUAAUCCAACGGCCACAACUGAAAGAGUUAGACCAUCAUCAUCGGCAUCAUGGUCAUCAUCAACAUCAUCGAGAUCCUCAAUGUAUGUUAAGGUGAAGAUGAAUGGUGUGGCAAUAGCCAGAAAGGUUGACAUCAAGCUUUUCAACUCUUACGAGUCUCUCACUAGCUUCCUGAUCAACAUGUUUAGUCAAUAUCAAGAUUGUGAUCGAGAAGAUACAAGUUACAAAUUCACCUUCCAGGGGAAAGAGGGCGACUGGCUAUUACCAGGGGAUGUUCCAUGGAAGAUCUUUGCUGAGUCUGUUCAUCGAAUAUCAAUAAUUAGAGAUUGCCCGUGUGCAUAUACACGGCUGUUGUUCUAAAAAAUAACUUUUUCAAAGCAAUUUUUAUUUGGUAAUUAAAAUGUCUACCUUACCAGAUUCCCACUCGAUUAUGUAUGGCCACUAGAAUUAUGGCCAAACAUGCACGGAAGGGUAAUGACAUUUCUUUUAUGAGAAUUCAGUGACUACUUAAUGGUCAGGUUCGGACGGUUAAAUAAGCUUUUAGAUAUUCCUA